UCAUUGCAAUUCUUUUCAGAAAAAGAAUGUUUGUCCACGUGUGUCCAGAACAUGCAGCAGUCUGAUGACCUCUCUCCCCUAGAAAUAGUUGAGAUGUUUGCUGGGCUUUCUUGUUUCCUCAAAGACUCCAGUGAUGUGUCCCAGACGUUGUUGGAUGAUUUUAGGAUAUGGCAAGGAUACAACUUCCUCUGUGACCUCCUUCUCAGGUUAGAACAGGCAAAAGAGACGGAAUCCAAGGAUGCUUUGAAGGACUUAGUUAAUUUGAUAACUUCCCUAACGACGUACGGUGUCAAUGAGUUGAAGCCAGCUGGUGUCACCACUGGAGUUCCUUUCCUGCUGCCUGGCUUUGCAGUCCCACAGCCCGCAGGCAAAGGUCACAGUGUGAGGAAUAUUCAAGCGUUUUCAGUCCUCCAGAAUGCAUUUCUGAGAGCAAAAACAAACUAUCUAGCACAAAUCAUCCUCGAUGCCAUCACCAAUAUUUACAUGGCAGACAAUGCCAACUACUUCAUUUUGGAAUCCCAGCACACCUUGUCUCAGUUUGCAGAGAAAAUUCCCAAACUUCCAGAAGUGCAGACCAAAUACUUCGAGAUGCUGGAAUUCGUCGUCUUCAGCUUGAAUUACAUACCCUGUAAAGAGCUGAUCAGUGUGAGCAUCCUGUUAAAAUCCAGCACUUCUUUUCAGUGUAGCAUCGUUGCCAUGAAGACACUCCUGAAAUUCACUCGUCAUGACUACAUCUUCAAGGAUGUCUUCAGGGAAGUGGGACUUCUGGAGGUGAUGGUGAAUCUUCUCCAUAAAUAUGCAGCCCUACUGAAAGAUCCCACUCAGGCACUGAAUGACCAAGGGGAUUCAAGAAACACUUCCUUUGAGGACCAAAAACAGCUGGCUUUGUUGGUUAUGGAGACCUUGACAGUGCUACUACAAGGAUCAAACACAAAUGCAGGCAUCUUCAGGGAGUUCGGUGGCGCGAGGUGCGUCCACAACAUCGUCAGGUACCCGCAGUGCCGGCAGCACGCCCUGAUGGUCAUCCAGCAGCUGGUGCUGUCCCCCAGUGGAGAAGAUGACAUGGGCACUCUGCUGGGACUGAUGCACUCGGCUCCACCCACCGAGCUCCAGCUGAAAACCGACAUCCUGCGGGCCCUACUUUUGGUGCUGAGGGAGAGCCACCGCACAAGAACGGUUUUCAGGAAAGUUGGUGGAUUUGUGUAUGUCACCUCUUUACUUGUUGCUAUGGAAAGAUCUUUGUGCUCACCACCCAAGAACGGCUGGGAGAAAGUGAACCAGAACCAGGUGUUUGAGCUGCUCCACACGGUGUUCUGCACGCUGACCGCGGCCAUGCGCUACGAGCCAGCCAACUCUCACUUCUUCAGAACAGAGAUCCAGUAUGAAAAGCUGGCAGAUGCUGUUCGACUGCUUGGCUGCUUCUCAGACUUGAGAAAAAUAAGCCCCUUGAACGUCUUCCCUUCAAACACACAACUAUUUCAAAAGCUUUUGGAGGAUGACCUAAUAGCCCUGGAUUCUGUGUCACCUACGCUAAGACACUGCAGCAAACUUUUUAUUUACCUCUACAAGGUAGCAACAGAUUCUUUUGACAGUCGUGCAGAGCAGAUCCCUCCUUGCCUGACAAAUGAGACUUCUCUCCCCUCUCCCUGGGGUACGCCAGCUUUGUCCAGGAAAAGGCACACAUAUCAUUCUGUCUCAACACCUCCUGUUUGCCCUCAGAAAACCCUAGCUGAUGUGAAACCCCAAACAGGACCCGCGCCCGCCCCGAGCUCCGACGCCGUCGUCAUCCACCCGGGCGCCGUGCUGGCCAUGCUGGACCUGCUGGCCUCCGUGGGCUCAGCCACACACCCAGAGCACGCUCUGGACCUGCAGCUGGCCGUGGCCAACGUCCUGCAGUCGCUGGUGCACUCGGAGAGGAACCAGCAGGUGCUGUGCGAGGCCGGGCUGCAGGCGCGGCUCCUGCAGCGCUGCAGCGCCGCCCUGGCCGACGAGGAGCACGCCCUGCACCCCCCCCUCCAGAGGAUGUUCGAGAGGCUGGCCUCCCAGGCCCUGCAGCCCAUGGUGCUCAGGGAAUUCUUACGCCUGGGAAACCCUUUGAACUGUGGAGCCUGGGACAAGAAGCUGUUGAAGCAGUACAGAGUGCACAAACCCAGCUCGCUGAGCUUUGAGCCAGAAAUGAGAAACAGCAUGCUCACCUCAACGGAGGGGCUGGCUUCUGACAGCGUCUUCAGCCUGCAGGAGGACAGCCACUACCGCAUCAGCAGGAGCCUGCUGAAGCCAGCAGAAGGCAGCACGGUGCCCCUCACCAGGGUGAAGUGCUUGGUCUCCAUGACCACCCCCCAUGACAUCAGGCUGCACGGCUCCUCGGUGACACCCGCCUUCGUGGAGUUCGACACCUCGCUGGAGGGGUUUGGCUGCCUCUUCUUGCCCAGUCUGGCUCCCCACAAUGCACCCACCAACAACGCUGUCACAACAGGACUUGUCGAUGGUGCAGUUGUCAGUGGAAUUGGAACUGGUGAAAGAUUUUUCCCACCACCAUCUGGUUUGAGCUACUCGACGUGGUUUUGCAUUGAACACUUCAGUUCCCCUCCCCACAGCCACCCCGUGCGGCUGCUCACCGUGGUGCGGCGCGCGACCUCCUCGGAGCAGCACUACGUCUGCCUGGCCCUCGUGCUCUCGGCCAGGGACCGCUCCCUCGUCGUCUCCACCAAGGAGGAGCUGCUCCAGAACUAUGUUGAUGACUUCAGUGAGGAAUCCUCGUUUUACGAAAUCCUGCCCUGUUGUGCCCGUUUCCGCUGUGGUGACCUCAUUGUGGAAGGCCAGUGGCAUCACCUCGUUCUGGUCAUGAGUAAAGGCAUGCUGAAGAACAGCACAGCUGCACUCUACCUUGACGGACAGCUUGUUAACACUGUUAAGCUCCACUACGUGCACAGCAGCCCCAGUGGGUCUGGCUCUGCCAACCCCCCCGUGGUCAGCACGGUGUACGCCUACGUGGGCACGCCGCCCGCCCAGCGCCAGCCCUCCGCCCUGCUCUGGCGCCUGGGCCCCACUCACCUGCUGGAGGAGGUUCUGCCUGCCCCAGGGGUCAGCACCAUCUACGAGCUGGGGCCCAACUACGUGGGCAGCUUCCAGGCCGUGUACGUCCCCUGCAAAGAUUCAAAGUCUGAAGGAAUCAACCCAUCUCCAGUAUCUUUGGUACCAGAAGAGAAGGUCUCUUUUGGUCUCUAUGCACUGUCAGUUUCUUCAUUUACAGUGGCAAAAAUAAGGAAAAUUUACAACAAAUUGGAUAGUAAAGCAAUUGCCAAACAGCUGGCAAUUUCUUCUCAUGAGAAUGCCACCCCUGUGAAGCUGCUGCACAACUCAGCAGGGCAUCUGAAUGGACCAGCACGCUCCAUUGGGGCAGCUGUCAUAGGCUACCUGGGAGUAAGAACGUUUGUCCCCAAGCCUGUUGCCACCACACUGCAGUACAUUGGUGGAGCUGCUGCUAUUCUGGGACUUGUAGCCAUGGCAUCAGAUGUGGAAGGGUUGUAUGCUGCUGUGAAGGCCUUGGUCUGUGUGGUGAAGAGCAACCCACUGGCCAGCAAAGAAAUGGAGAGGAUCAGAGGUUAUCAGUUGCUGGCAAUGCUGUUAAAGAAGAAACGAACCCUCCUGAACAGCCACAUACUGCACCUGACCUUCUCCCUGGUGGGGACUGUUGACAGUGGGCACGAGACAUCCAUUAUUCCAAAUUCUGCUGCCUUCCAGGAUCUGCUCUGUGAUUUUGAAGUCUGGCUUCAUGCACCCUAUGAGCUUCAUCUGUCACUAUUUGAACACUUCAUUGAACUUCUCACUGAGUCAAGUGAGGCAGCGAAGAACGCGAAGUUGAUGAGGGAGUUCCAGCUCAUCCCAAGGCUGCUCUUGACCCUUCGAGACAUGUCUCUGUCCCAGCCCACUAUUGCUGCCAUUAGCAACGUGCUGAGCUUUUUGCUUCAGGGUUUCCCUAGCAGCUAUGACUUGCUCAGGUAUGGGCAGUUCAUCUCCUCCACUUUACCCACGUUUGCAGUCUGUGAGAAGUUUGUAGUCAUGGAAAUAAACAAUGAAGAGAAGCUGGACAGUGGAACAGAGGAUGAUUUUGGAGGACUAGUUUCAGCUAAUCUUAUUCUGCUGCGGAACAGGCUUUUAGAUAUCCUUCUGAAACUACUGUACACAUCCAAGGAAAAGACAACAGUUAAUUUGCA